CGGCCAAACAGUACAGCACAAUUCACACCUCUACAACUAUAAACACAAACACGAACAGGAUCAAAUCGCACAUUCUAUCGCGUCAAUUUUCCCACGACACAAUUGAUUGCAAACAAAACCCUGCAUCACACGUCCCUGAGAGCCGACCACACUAUCACACACACAAUCCACAAUGCCGACGACGAGUCCCAACCGCGAUAACCGCACCUUCAUGGAACGCAUGUCCGACGCCCUUGUCUAUGUGCUCGCCUUCCCAUUCAUCAUCUUUGGCAUCGCCAUCAAGCGCGCCUUUACACAAGGAGGAGAACAUCGUUCUUAUCGCAACAACUUGCCGGCACAGAAGAGGAUUUAAGAGCUUGGGUUUUUGAGAGACAUUGGGAAUAAGAUUGACGGUGAUAUGGUAAUGGGAGGACAACAGGUGUUCCGGUGUUUAGGCAAGGCGUUGUUAGUCAUGUGAGAUGGUCUAGGAUGCGGAUGUAUACCCCUUUGGAUUUAUGCGAGUAAGAGAGAGAGAUCACAAGGACGAAUGA